AUGCACACAUUCUCUCGGACGGCGUUCCUCGACGAGCUUGACGGCUUGAUCCCUGACCCCAAUGCACCGCACAAGUACAAGAAUGAAUCACUUGCCGACGCACUAACAAAGAGCGAUCUUUUGGGCGGACUGCGCGAUCAGUACGAACUCCCUCGCAAACGCGAUAUUACAGGCAAUCAAGCAAUCCCGGAGGAUGAGCUGGCUUUGUAUUUCACGGGCAACUCGCUUGGCCCUUUGGCAAAGCUGUCGCGGCACUACGUUGCAGAGGAGCUGGACGUCUGGAGCCGUACCGGUGUGAAUGGACACUUUUCCCAUGCGUCUGGCCGCCCUUGGGCCGCCCAGGACGAGUGUGUUGCGCGAUACGCGGCUGAGAUGGUCGGUGCCAAGCGGUCCGAAGUCGCAGUAAUGGCGACACUUACCCAAAAUCUGCACACGAUGCUGAGCACCUUUUACCGCCCCAAUGUGCCCGACGGCAUUCCAUCCCCGCUAGGGCACGCCGGAACGGAAAAGCGGCGCAAGAUUGUGUAUGAAUACAAGGCGUUUCCUUCUGACAAGUACGCACUCGACUCGGUAUGCUUGCUGAAUGGACUGGACCCAGCGCAAGUGCUCGUGCCGCUCAGGCCUAGGGACGGCGAGGCAAGCCUGCGCACGGAGGAUAUCCUUGCCGUGAUCGACGCGUUGGGCAGGUCGGGAGAGGGCGCAAUGAUUAUGCUUGGAGGCGUACAAUACUUUACAGGCCAGCUAUUUGAGAUUGCCACGAUCGCCAAGGCGGCGCACGCGGCAAAUAUGCUUGUCGGGCUGGACCUUGCGCAUGCGUUCAUGAACGUGCCGCUGCAGCUGCACGAUUGGGGCAUUGAUUGGGCGGCUUGGUGCUCGUACAAGUAUGCCUCGGCAGGCCCAGGUGGAAUUGCCGGUCUGUUUGUGCACGAGCGCUGGGGAAAGCAUCCAAUCCCUCGCCCGAGCGGCUGGUGGGGACACAACCGCGCGACACGGUUUACCAUGCCGGAAACGUUUGAUCCCAUGUCGGGUGCCGCUGGUUGGCAGGUGUCGAACCCGUCGGCGAUAGAUAUUGCCAUCCUUCUCGGCUCUUUCGAAACGGUGAUUGAGGGUGUGAAGGCGACGAGCAGUGACAACGCGCUAGCUCUGAGCGGCAUCGGGUCCGAUAGCGAUACCGAAGAGCGCGAGAAGCUAGAAAAGCUUGGAUGUGGGCGUAUCAUGCCUAUAUUGCGCCUCAAAUCAAUGCGACUGACCGCCUACUUAGAACUCCUCCUUGGGCCCGAGGGUUUCAAUCUCGAGAGUAUGGGUGUCAAGCUUUGUCUCAUUACGCCGGAAGACCCAGAGCAGCGCGGAUCGCAAUUAUGUAUCCAGUUUUUGGACAACGCUUCACAGGCCGAGCCGCACAAGACGGGCUCCACCGACCAAGUGGCACGGUUUAUGGGAAAAGAUACGUUACUUGCCAAGGUUAUGGAGUUGAUCGAAAAGGAGCGCGGCGUUUUAGUUGAUAUACGGUACCCGGAUGUGCUCCGUAUGGCGCCACUCGCGCAGUUCUCUACAUACAUGGACGUCUAUCACGCCUGCGAGGCACUCGCAUGGGCGCUGGGCCAGCUUCAGAGCGUCUGA